CUGGAAAUGAAAUAAUUCUUUAUAUUUUAUCCCUUGGACAAACCAUACAGUGAUCUGGACUGUGUCACUUUUAAUUAGAAUGUACAAUUUCAAGGCUUUUUCCAGCUGUUCUUGCAGAGACGUCACAAAGAAAGCCAUUCUCUGAUACACUGGAGACUUUCAGAGACUGAUUUUUAGUUAGAUAUCUAUGCUGAUAUGGAUAGAAAGACACAGCUAAAAUAACGAGAUUUUGAAACAAUAUUAUCGCCUUCAUGUUCAUGAUUCUUCUGUAUUUGGAGUUUUAAAAUUAUUUUGGAGCUAGUUGAAAAAUAUUUAUGGAACUGAACAUAACAUUUUAAAUGCUGCAGCUCAAAAUCUCAUUUCAAUUAUUUUGCAGCGUGUAAUGGCCUCUUUAAAGGCACUGGGUGAGGGUGAUGAGGAUUGGACUGCUGUUAAAUAGUACAUCUACAUCAGAAUUACAAUGAUAUUGGUGAAUCAAAAUAAUAGACAUAAAUAUAAUAUUUACAGAAGUUGAGUGUACAGUGAUACUGAAAUCUUGUCCAUCUAUUUUAUUAAACAAAAUAAUUAACUCCCAACAACCUUCACUGUAGGAGAGAAGGUUCAAAUUUCUCUUUAGCAGAACAUAGCACAGUUUGAAAACACUGGAAGAAGGCAAGUCAGAAGAAUAAGAGAAAAGAGUUGAAUAUAUGUUGUUAUAAUUCUUUGCUGUUGAGUAUUAUUGUUCAGGAAACAGAUCACUCCUACUCACUCCUCCUCCAUUUCCAAAAGAACAAUUGGAUUGAAAAUGCAAGUAUUUGGCUUUAAUCUUAAAGUUUUUGGUUUAUAAAAUAUUAUUUGUGACUGUAAAGGCUGGAAACUUUUUGAAAUAUAAACAGAAAAAAUCUCAUAAUCACAUUGCUACAGAUCUGAGGAUAUAAGAAAACCACAACGCUCUGUCAAGUGUGCAGUAAACUGGAAUGACUAGUUUUCUUGGCUUCUUGAAAACCACUUAUUAGCUGCCUGUUUUCAAGAUGUCUUUUACUUAACACCUGCAGAUAAUGUAGGAAACAAAAGGGUAUGUUAUGACUUUCUUUUGUCCUCAUGUUGUUUGUUUUUGUUUGUUUUCUGUUGUAUGAUUCUUUCCUGUUUUAAGCCACAGUUCUAAACACUGAUGAACAGUACAGGGUGGGAGCCCCUACUUAGUUGUUAUAAUAAUAAACAGCUUAAGAUGACAAGAUGUUGAACAUUCUCUAUAGUAUUAAGUUCAAAUCUGUAGUUCAGCAAUAGGGAAGGGAAAAGAACAGGUGAAACAGAACUCAAAAUCAUAUAUAUUGACAAGUCGUUAUUGUGGCCGUCACUGAUAAUGAUCUUAAUCUUUUCAAAUAAGAGUAGAAAUACAGUGCAACUAUUUAUACUCUGAUUUUCUCACUUUUCCUGCAACUUGCUUUCUGUUCUCACCUCGAAGCAAUCAUUGCAAUAUUUACAUCUGCAUGACUGUUAGUAUACUUCUGUUGCAACAGAUAUUAAAAAAAGCAAAAGUCUUUUUGCUUUUAACAGUGAUUUUUUUAAAAUUUUGCAAGUGAAAAUGUAUGAAAUUUGCUGUUAGCAGAUGUAGUGAAAAAUAUAGAAUACAUUAAAAUGCAUUAGGUAUGUAAGACUGAAAUGUGUGCGGAUGGGACCGUAGAUGACUGAGUAGACAGAUAAAAAACCACCUUCUUAAACAGCAAACUACUAGCAUACUUAUGCUAGGACCUAAAACUGUCACAUUUAUUUUUUUGUGUCUAACAAGCAUGACUGAGGUUCCAUGACUGAGGAGAGGGAAUGGCAAACUCUUUGAAGAGACUAAUGGCACAGGAAUUGUCUGGGAUUUCAACUGUGUUUCUUUGGGAGAUUAUAAAUCAAAAUAAAUAAUAGUUACUACCUCAAGGCUUACCUGAGGUACUGAGCUCAUUCCCACCAUGGACCAAAAAUGGUUUUUUUUCAAAGAGUGUAAGCUCUAGCAGUGUUCUCUGUGGAUUCAGUUAAAAGCUUAAACUGUCAAAACUCAAGAAUUUUAACAUUUCAGAUACUGAAAUUCAUGCCAGUAUCAGUUAAACUGUUCUGGCUCUUCAUUGACUGAUGUAUUGGAAAAAAAUCAUUGGAAAAAUAAAUCAUUUUGAUUUUUGGUUAAAUAUAAUUAAUACAAAAUGUGAUUUGAAAGUUAUACAGGAGAAUGAUGUUUCAGAAUAGAUAUUUUUCUCUUUUCACUCUGCGUGUGCAAUAGAAUAGUGUAGUUCUUGGGUAUGUUGCUCCUAAAAGUUCAAGCAAUGCCUAAAAUUUGCAGGCUAAAUGAAAAUCUGUGCUCUAACAUGAAAUUUUCCAUGUCAGUUAUGAUGAUGGAGUGAUAUUAGUUGUAACUAGAACAUGACAAGCACUGUGCUCAUUUCUGUUCUACCUCAGUUCAUACCUUUCAGCUUGAUUGGCCCUCAUGACUAGUGAAAAGCACGUGUUGGUAGACUGGCAUUGCUGCAGCUGCUUAGAACUACAGAGGCAACUUUAAUUUUAAUUAACAGUUUUUCAAAAUAAAGCACCUUAUUUAAAAAAUACAAAUUGUUGAGUGUCAUUGAAUAAAAGGAUUUGAUAAUGAUGCUAUCAUUGUGCACAACAGUUCUGCAGGGUAAAGCACUGCUCAGAUGUGUUGGUGUUCUGUUACAGUCUUUAUCUCAAACUGAUCAACAGAAGAUCUCAGUGUUUAUAAUUUAAAAUAUUCUUCUUCCUCUUCUGAAAUUCAGUGUUGCCUAAAAGCUUUGUUUUUCUUACAUUAUUUUUUUGAGCCUGAUAGGUAACAGUGUUUGAUGGAGGCUGAUCCAGAGUCCUGUGUAUGAUGCCUGCAGGUAGCUGCUCCAGGCAGCUAUAAUUUGUUUAAAAUGACUGGGUGGGGAAAUUCUGAAGUGAUCUGGAGAGAAUGUGUGUCACCUUGGAGGUAAUGUGCUAGUGCACUAGAGUAGUGGCUUAUUGUUGCUGGGGCUGAUGGUAAGUUGAGUAUGUCAUCAGGCUGCUGACUUGUAUGCCUAUCAGAGAAGAAAAUGAAUUGUAAGCCUGGAAAGAAAGUACCAGCUCAGUAGGAAAGAAUUCCACUGCAGAAAGGUGAGCAAAGAGUACGAAAGGACAUUAGUAAAUGAGUAAUACGUAUCGACAGGGACAGUGAAUGCAUUCUGUAAAAAGUCGUACUAAAGUGAAAGGGUUUAAAAAUAAUUUACUGUUUGCCACCUGCAGAAUAACUCUGUUGGAAAUUUGAACUACUUGUAACUAUCUUAAUUUAGCAGUAUUACUUGUUUUUGACUGAGAAAAAAAGAGGAGCAUCUGUACCUUAAUGUUGCCUAUUUUCUGUGUUGUCAGUUCUUUGCUUGUGCUGUGGAAAAAAUAAAUUAAAAAUAAGACAUUUGCUCAUAAUUCAGUGUGGUGAAAGUGCAGGUGAUGAGCACAUUAUGUAUAAUCUCUGAAAUGUGCUUGUCCCUUUGCAGCUUUUCUAAUCACUGAGUUGUUGGUUGUGGGGAUGGCUAUUUCCUUUGAUAUAAGCGAAAAGCCAACAAAAUUGGAUUAAAAAUGGUAUUCUUGAUAUAUCGUGAAGAAAGUAUUGCUACUCCGGGGUAGGAGUAAUAAUUUCUAGGGCAUAUCGAGGGAUGUUUGAGAAUCCCGUGUCAGUGAUUGCCUAAUUAUCUUACAGAAGAAAAAUGUUUAAGGUGUCUGAAAUUUCGGAGAAGCAACAGGCUAAUUUGGAUAGCAUCUUUUAAACCUAUUCAGCCACAUACUGUGCUCUUCAAGGGCCAAUAUAUAUUGAAUAUAAAUUUAUUAAUUUAUGUGCCAGUAUUAUUUUUAUGCGCUGAAAUACCUUCAUUCAUGACAUGUUGAUGACUAGUUGUAAAUCCUUGCUUCAAGAAGGAAAAUCAAUAGUGUGGGAAACUAAUUCUCAGUUGUAAGUGGUAUACAAUGAAAUGCUUGAAUGAGAGUUAUGAAAAGGCCAGUGGUUUAAGUCUCAUUAAAAAUCAGUGGAAGAUUGGACUAUUUGAGCACUUUUGGAGCAGACCUUAAUUUGGAAAAAAAUAUUUUCAUAUAAGAAAAAAGUAAGACUUUUUUUUAACCCUUCUUUAAUAUUCUGAGACAAGCACUGGAAAGAGUUGAAAGCAAUUGUAAUUUCCUGUCUGCUUCAGCAUAUUCUUGCCUAAGUUUUCAUUAGAAGAAUUCAGUGCUUUACAGAAGUCAGUUUUACAGGUGUGGAAGUAGUCACUAGUUUUCACCCUGUUUAUACGUUAGUAGCCAGGCCAAUAGAUCCAAUUAAGCAGGCCUGUCUUCUGUUCCAUUUACAAUUUAGUGCCAUUUUGGGAGCUCAGCAGUAGGCUGCCUUGAUCUGUUUGUAUUUGUAGUAUAUAAAGACUCUAGGUAGCUUCGUAAGAACCUGCAGUGAAUCCACGGUACGUAGGGGAUUUAUAUUUACCUCUCCUGGUUCCUUAGCCUCUAGCGAUGAUGAAUAAAUGUACUACAGACAAAGCUUUCAAAGAAAUUAUGGUGAAAUAAAAUAGUUUAGCACUAUGUAUUUGGUGAUUUAUCUUUUUCAUUUUCUUAACCCUCAGAACAUUGACACCUUCUACGUUGAUGUCAAUAAAUAGCUAAGAGCGGACAAUUACAAGUAGUCGCUUUAGGUUUUUUUAAGCUUCCCGCUUACCUGAACACUUCCUUUAGCCUCCCUUGCAGUGGAAACUAUGAUUUAAAUUGCAGUUGUUUCACUAUUGUCUGUGUUUGACCUUUAAGUAAGGGCUAAGUUACAGUUAAAUCACUUACCAGGACAGUCUGUCUUUUAAAUAUGUAAUCUCAAAUCUUCUGUGAAGCAGGUGAUUUAGCCAAGGAAUACUGCUUUGUAUGUUCCUAAUCUGAGACUGAUUUCUUCUAAAGAUUUUCCAUCCUUUUCUCACUGAAACUUAUAAAACCAUAUAGUAACUUGUUCACUACUAGAAUAGCUUUAGAUUUGAAAGGAUGAAUGAAUCAAGUAGUCCUUUAACAUAGAGAAAGCAACACAUUUACUCCAAAUAAACAGUCCAUGAUGGGAAUAUCAAAAGACAGUAAAGUUCUUCUCUAUGUGCCACACUUUAUUUUGAUUGGCAGGUUCUAGAUUAGUUGAUUAAACAUUAAAAUCAAUUCUGGUACUUGGAGGUAGAUUUUGAAAAGUGUUCAUGUGGUAUGGGUAGACGUCCAGUUUAUAUUGUAUAUUUGGUCAGAUAAUCUGCACAAAAUAAUGGGUUUGUUUUACAGAGCGGCAAUGUUGUAUAUGAAUAAAGCAUGCUUUUUUUUUCAGAUGAGGCUUUUGACUGACUUCAGAUAAUGCUUUAGGCAUUGAGAUUCCUAUUGCACGGUAUACAUACAGAGAAUUCCAUAUUCGGAAAUGACAGCAAAUGUCAAAGAAAUAUUUGAACAAACUACUAUUCAUCUUCAAAUCCCCUUCAACUGGGACUGUGAAUUCAUUCGAAUGCAUUUUGGACAUAACAGGAAGAAGCAUCUUAACUAUUCAGAGUUCACUCAGUUUCUUCAGGAGCUGCAGUCAGAACAUGCGAGACAAGCCUUUGCAUUGAAGGACAAAAGUAAAAGUGGUAUGAUUACUGGGCUGGACUUCAGUGACAUCAUGGUUACCCUUCGCUCACAUAUGCUAACUCCAUUUGUGGAAGAAAAUUUAGCUUCAGUGGCUGGUGGAACUGUUUCACAUCAGGUCAGCUUCUCCUAUUUCAAUGCAUUUAAUGCCCUGUUGAAUAACCUGGAUCUUGUUAGGAAGAUAUACAGUAAUAUAGCAGGUACAAGGAAAGAUGUUGAAGUUACAAAAGAGGAAUUUACCCAUUCUGCAAUUCGAUUUGGACAAGUUACACCACUGGAAAUAGAUAUUCUCUACCAACUUGCAGACUUAUACAGUGUUACUGGGCGCUUAACUUUGGCAGAUAUUGAGAGAAUAGCACCACUGGCUGAAGGUGCAUUACCUUACAACUUGGCAGAACUGCAGAGGCAGCAAUCUUUUGGAGAGGUAGGCAGGCCUAUCUGGCUCCAGGUAGCUGAGUCAGCUUACAGGUUCACUUUGGGCUCAAUUGCUGGAGCUGUUGGUGCUACUGCAGUAUACCCCAUAGACCUGGUGAAGACUCGUAUGCAGAAUCAACGCUCCUCUGGUGCAGUUGUAGGAGAGUUGAUGUAUAAAAACAGCUUUGACUGCUUUAAAAAAGUUUUGCGUUUUGAAGGCUUUUUUGGUCUUUACAGAGGCUUGUUACCACAGCUGAUAGGUGUUGCUCCAGAAAAGGCUAUUAAGCUAACUGUUAACGAUUUUGUCAGAGAUAAAUUUACUAAGAGAGACGGUUCCAUUCCACUGCCUGCAGAGAUCCUUGCUGGAGGUUGUGCAGGAGCUUCCCAGGUCAUCUUCACGAAUCCACUGGAGAUAGUAAAGAUUCGGUUGCAGGUAGCAGGAGAAAUUACUACAGGACCCAGAGUCAGUGCCCUCUCUGUUUUAAAAGAUUUAGGCCUUCUUGGUCUUUAUAAGGGUGCCAAAGCAUGUUUCCUCAGAGACAUUCCCUUUUCUGCAAUUUACUUUCCUGUUUAUGCUCAUAGUAAGCUGAUGCUUGCUGAUGAAAAUGGCCAUGUGGGAGGGCUUAAUCUCCUUACAGCUGGUGCCAUUGCAGGUGUGCCUGCUGCUUCUUUGGUAACCCCUGCUGAUGUCAUCAAGACAAGACUGCAAGUGGCAGCUCGCGCUGGUCAAACAACGUACAGUGGAGUUAUCGACUGUUUUGGAAAGAUUCUUAGGGAAGAAGGCCCUUCUGCUUUUUGGAAGGGAGCUGGAGCUCGCGUGUUCCGAUCUUCACCCCAGUUUGGUGUUACUUUGGUCACCUACGAACUUCUGCAGAGAUGGUUUUAUGUUGAUUUUGGAGGACUUAAACCUCCUGGAUCAGAACCUACACCAAAAACUCGCAUUUCAGAUCUGCCUCCUAUUAACCCUGAGCACAUAGGUGGAUACAGACUUGCUACAGCUACUUUUGCUGGUAUAGAAAAUAAAUUUGGUUUAUAUCUUCCAAAAUUUCGGUCUCUUGGUGCUGCGCCAGUUCAACAAAAAAAGUAGCAGCUGAAUCCUGAAGAGAUGUUUCAGUCUAACAAAGUCAUGCAGUGGAAAAAAAAUCACAAGCAUAGGACUGUAUUUGUCCAGUCAGCUGUAUGUUGAUCUAGCUGAACUGAGCUUACAAAUCAAAUUACUCCUUUCUAAUAUUAGUAUACAUACCUACCUUUAUUUGUUUAUAAACUAGUCAUUUGCACUCAAAAAACCUGAUUGAUGCUUUGGUUCUAUACCUUGUUUUUAACCAGUGGCAUGAAUCUGCAGCCUAGACUUUGCCUUGCACAGCUUGCUUUUAAUGUAACUGUACAUAUUGUACAUCUCUGUACAGAGACAUCAUGGCAUCUAUCUAUAUACAUUUAUAUAAUGGGUAUUGCAGUUCUAAAUAGUUUGAAAUGUACAGAAUGUUUUGAAGGUGUUUUGUUAAGAAUCAUGUGACAAUAAAACAUUUAAAAACA